CUCUAGAAGAAGAGCCGAAUGCUCUCAACCGCUGAGCCAUCUCUCCAGCCCCUUCAGUAAUCUCUUAACACAGUUUGUACUUGUAUAGCUCUGGUUUUCUGUAUGGUGGUUCUAGAUAGCUGUGCCUUCUACACCUGCUGACCAGGAGUCACCCCUCUAAUAGCCAGCUAGAUGCCCUCCUCUUGACUGACCAUGCUUACCUUCACAUCUAGCACAGGCUGUGCAGGUAUGGCAUACCACCACUCGGUCACAGUGUGACUUCCUGACAUUCAUACCUACUUACUUUAAGCCUACCAAUAAAAUCUCUCCCCCAGGAAACAUAUUUGGACAUUGCUAUGUCCUAAGACCUAUAGGUCCUUCCCUGUCUUCUCGCUUAACACAUCUUGAAUUGUGUGUAUCUGGCCUCCAGGGCUGCCAUCUCCCCAGUAAGUAUUACAUCUUUACUAUCUCAUCUCUUUCUUAAUCACUGUAAGGGUAUUUCUCCACCCUAAAAGAUCCAGUAUUACUAGUCAUUCCUGCUCAGAAGUGUCAGCGUUGUAUCCGGGAGAUGAUUUAGAGCAUGACGUUGAAAGGGAGGAAGCAUUUGAGAAGCAAAGGGAAACAGUGCUAGUUAGUGACAGAUAUGGUCAAGCAUGUUGGACACCAUGAAUCUGUGAAAAGGCAAACUAGGAGGCAAAAUAAAGGUUCUCACUAAGGGGUUUAAAGCCACCAGAGGUUUUAAUUGGAGUGUUGUCGGAUUUAUGUAUAAAAACAUCACUCACGGAUGAAGGGAAAGCUGGGCGAGGUGGGACACACCUUUAAUCCCAAUCUUACUGGGCCCUUCCUGAGAAGGAGAGCCAUGGAGACCAGAGAAAAUCUGAGGAAGAGUUUAGAAUAAGCUGUGUCCUAGUCAUGGAUGAAAUUGUGUGCCUCACAUGCACUGUGAUUGCAUUUGGAGAGAUAGUUAUUAUAAUUACAGAAAUAAUUACAACUGAAUGAAAUCGUACGGGUGGGCCCCAAUCCAUCGGGCCUGAUGUCCCUUCAAGAAAAAAGAGAUUGCAGCUGGUUAUGGUAGUGCAUGCCUUAGAUCUCAGUGCUCAGGCUGAGACAGGUGGUUCUCUGUGAAUGGGAAACCAGACUGUCAGCCAGGAUUGUAGAGUGAGACCCUUGCUUAAAGAAGAAAAGCCGAUGAAGGGAACAGAUCAGAAGGGAGAAGGCUGAAGGCAGCUCAGUAUCUAUUGCAAUAUUAAAGGAGAUGACAGAAGUUAAAAUCCAGCAAUUUAAAAAAGCAUACAUAGCUGGGUGGUGGUGGCGCACGCUUUUAAUCCCAGCACUCAGGGAGGCAGAGGCAGGUGGAUCUCUGUGAGUUUGAGGCCGGCCUGGUCUACAAAACAAGUUCAAAGACAGCCAGAGCUACACAGAGAAAACAAAAAGCAUCCAAAGUUGGGUGGGAAGGAAAGGGAUAUGGAUCUAGGAGGAGGAGAGUAAAUAGGAUCAAAUUCUCAAAGAACUAAUAAUAUUUAAAAAAAAAAAAGUUUGGGAUGGGAUGGUAACUGAGUAGAAGGACAUGUGCAUACUCUAAUGUUCCACCCCCAAGUGUGUGCUUGAAGAAAAGUGAAAUCAAGCUUUUGCAGGAAGCCUGGGCAUGGUGGCAUACCCCUUUAAUCUACUAGAACUCAGAAGACAGAGGUAGACAGAUCUCUGUGAGUUCAAGAUCAUCCUGGUCUAAAGCAAGUUCCAGCCCAGUCAGGGCCACACAGUGAGAGACCCUGUCUCAAACAAAAAGAUGUUUUGUAGGACAGAAUUCUGAGUAGUGGUUGCUGGACAGCGUUGGUGCACACCUUUAAUCCCAGCACUCAAGAGGCAGAAGCAGGUGGAUAUCUGUAAGUUUAAGGACAACUUGGUCUACAGAGUGAGUUCCAGGACAGCCAGGACUGUUAUACUGAGAAAGCCUGUCUGGAUAAAAAAAAAAGAAUUCAUGAGACUUUGAUUAAACAAAUUGAUUCACGUGGAAGAACCGUCUGAGCCUACCCUGGCUUACUCCAUUGUGUACAAUUGCUGCUCUCUGGCAAAAGUGCAACACAUUUUUGAAGCUAAGUGCCAAGGAAAAAUGACUCUGUGUUGUGUUCACACAAGUCAACAACUGUCUGUCAGGGCACCAGGAUGUACCAACUGACACAGCAUUUGUUCUGUGUGAAUAAGCAAUGCUGCCUGGGACCAUAUCAAAUCAAAGCAGAGACUCCAUAUGAACUCUAAACGUGUUGCCCCAGAUAUACCCACACCUGGAACUGUACAGAGUGUCCUCAUUUUGACCCAUCAAUAUAAGACACUGACAGAAGUGAAAGCCUUCUUUCUCUGUUCCAAGACUCCAGCCUGAGUGCAGCUUCUCCAUCCUGUGAUGCUUUGUCCACUUCAGCGUUUGAAACGGCCAGACACCUGGGCCUGUGCUGACAACUCUGAGCCUGUGUCUAGUGAGACGCUUCUUAAGGCCCCUGCAGAAUUUGAAUUGAGAUUGUAUCAGGACCGCCUCUCAGAACUCUGCGGCAUCUGUAACUCUUAUGGCUGUUCUGUAGUCUGUGUAAACAUAUUAUUGGAUGACAGAGUAAUGGGUGAGCUAAGAGUUAGUGGCAGUAACUACUUCUGGAAUAAAAGGACCCAUGAUUGCCAGGAUCCAUACUCCUGGAUUCAAAAUUACUUGUUUUUUCCUGCAAUACAGUGGAUACAGUUUGCCACGGCUACUCUCAGUGUUAUAGGUUCGAGUUCGCUUAUCACUUAUGCUGUGUUCCAGAACCCCCAGACGUCUGCAGAGAUAAAACCACUCUUUUAUCUGAGCUUUUCUGACCUGCUCCUGGGAAUUUGCUGGCUCAUAAAAGCACUUCUCUAUGGAACUUCAGCAGCCCACAAGGACAGCAUCUGCUAUAACCUACAGACAGUCGGGGAGAUACUGUACCUUGCCUCACUCCUCUACACCAUCAGUUACAUCUGGUAUCUGCACACGGAGCUGAGGAUGAAACACAGCCAGAGUGGACAGGGCACAGCUGCACAGGUGAUCGAUCAUACUCACCAAGGUGGUCACGUGGUGUUCAUUUUGUCAAGCCUGAUACCUCUGCUGUUGAUGACACCUGUAUUCUCUCUGGGCAAUGUCAAUGAAUGUUUCCACAACUUUAGCCAGAGCCACAGGUGCAUCCUAAUGUGCUCACCCCCGGCAGCCAUGAUUGAGCCCCUGCCUUCCACCAACACGUCUGUCUGCAGCACUCUCUAUUUUUAUGGUGUCACUGUUUUCCUGGCCAGCUUUUUCUUCAGCCUCCUCCUCAUCACGGUCCUACUCAUCCAUGCCCAGACAUUGUAUAAGAAGUUUGUGAAGUCGACAGGCGUUCUGAAGAGUGAUCAGUGGGCAGUGAUUUACACUGUGGGUCAACGAGUACGCUUCUUCCCAGUGGCCUUUGUGUGCUGCUGGGGCCCAGCUGUCACACUGCUGAUCAUAAAGCUGACCAAGCCACAGGACACCUCCCUGCACAUGGCCCUCUCUGUGCUCCAGGCUCUCACGGCAGCAUCCCAGGGUCUGCUCAACUGUGGCAUAUAUGGCUGGACACAGUGCAAGUUCCAGCAGCUAAAGCAUGAGCCUCGCCGUGACGCAGAUACUCAGACCCCACUGCUGUGCUCACAGAAGAGAAUCUAUAGCAGGAGCCUAGAUCCACUGGAGUCUUCUCUGGCUUUUGCUUCCAGCUCUUCCACCAUUCUUUGAAGCUGUGGAAGUAGAACAUCCAGAAAGUGAAUGUUUCACGUGAGCGAACUCUGCAGGGCUGCAGGGAACACCCUCUGUCUCUUCUGGCCAUACCUCAGGCUGAAGAACUGAAAGGGAAUGGAACGCUGUGGUCAGCAGCGAUUCUGGGUGAAUUAGGAAGGAUCUGUCCAGGUGCUCGUUCAGGGAGAUAUAGCCGCUUUCUAUCUAAGAGACUCCUUACUUUGACAAAUACUAGACAUACUUACAUCUCUUCAAGAAAAAAUAAAUUUCAGGUUCAUAUAUAUGUGUGUCAUUGGCAAGGCCUGCUCCGUGAAAGCAGGGGAGGUAGGACGCCAUGCAGCAGCUCGCCGGGGUGCAGGGGGGUGUCCUAAUGAGGUUGCAUGGGGGCCUGAGAACGCUCGCCCAGCCCAGUGCUCCGCCAGAUACCUCGUUCUCAGUGUUGAGCAGAACAGUUUUUAUGUAGAAUGUUUUGUAAGACUUUAUUUUAAAAUAUAAGUAGAUUUGGUGGCUGUAUUCAUCUGAAAUAUUUCUGUCUGAGCAAAGCUUCCUCAGUGACCAAUUCAGCUAUGGUAGCAAAUCCUACAUUCUAUACAUGGUGAGGGGGAUCGAUCACAGUUGUUGUGGAAAGCACAGAGGUCCCAUCAUUAGAGCCAAGGCUCCCAGGACAGUGGCAGCAGUCACCCCAGCUCAACCAGCCCCAGGGUUCUUAGUGUUCCCAACAGCAUUGUUCCUUGAGCUCUACCGAGCCCAAUGCAGCUCUGUUUCUCCACAGCAUCAGCUGUCAGUUCAGCACCUAGGCAGUUUCCUAGGAUUUCUAUCACAGACAUACUGGUAGAGAUGUAUUUCUGGGCAGCAGUGAGACCAGAAGGUCUCCAGGAUUUAGAUCAGAAGAAACAGGCUUAUAUGGUAAACAGAAGUGACCUAAAGGGAGUUUCCUGAGCAUACCUGUCAGUCCUUGCCUUGCGGGUCAAGAAUUCUGCCCUAGGGAGUGGUAGGGGAUGUACCAGCAGACGGCAUGGAGCAGAACCCAGAAGAAAGCCCUGUGCUUUGACUUUGUGGGUUUUGUCGGCAUCCAGUCUGUAAUAACUAAAGCCAAAACAAAAGGCGUGUCUAUGUAUAAGAACAUAGUUUAAAUAACUAUAGAGAUACUAAUAUGCCAUGGAACACUAGUAAUAAAGAAUUAUUUAAGACAAAAAACAUUGAGAUUUAAGACUUAGUGAGUUGCCCACUUUGGAAAAAAUUAAUAGGCUUAUUUAUAAAAGAUGAUCUUCAAAUACUCACAUAUAUUUAUAUGAACAUGGAAAGGAUUUGGAAAAUGUGGAAGUAGGUUCACAGAGAUUUCCAGAACAAGGGUUCAGAGACCUAUAGCCAAUAUAGAAGUGGAGAUAGGACAUGGUGAGCAAGAGAAAUGAAGACGUCUCUUUGUUAAAAGGAGGAGCAUCCAGAACCUGAGGAACCCAGAGGGUGAGACCCAGUGUUGUGAAAGUGUGCGUUCUGAGUGCAGGCGUGAUACGGUAUGCUCAUCAUUGAUACCCGAACACUUCAUAGGCCAUGUCCCUCCAGAUGGGGAUGCCUUCCAGCAUUCGUAAACCCCAUUCUUUUGCCUGGACUGUCAUCCCAACGUUUGUGACAUUAAAAUCCUUUCUUUAUGACUGUACACAUAGUAGCAACCUCAAAUAUGGAUCUGACCUCAUCUCCAUUGAACACAGUUCAGCUGGAGUAUGAGUCAAGUGUGUAAAUUCUGUCUGUCUUCACUAUUCUAGGAAAGUGAAGUGUUUGUGAUUUGCCUUCAUAGGAAUGAAAUCACAAAAAAGAUUCUCAUUGGUAAAGACAAGUUUUGCCUGUAGGUCUGAUUAAACAAAUGAGUAACUUUGAAACACCUAUAAUUACAGUUCAUUAUUCCAUUAUGUCCAUAAGCUUCAAGGACCCAGAAUCUACCACGUAGGUAGGGUCAAGGCCAGUGUUGGAGUGUCUCCCCUCUAGAAGUGGUGACGUCUUCUAUAAUAACUUCUAUAAUAGAUGCUGCAGGGCGUGUGCUUAUGGAAUAGGGAAGUAGAAGACUCCUCUUCCCACACACUGGGAAGGCCUGAUUGAUAAGACAUGGGGAAUUUGGAAAGCUGGGUCUCAAAGCAUCGUGAAAACUUGUUCUUUUCUUCUAUUGAUAGAAGAGCUUGUUUUCCCCUUGGGGAAAAAAAAACCACUUAGCUGAGUUGUUCCCCACUCAACCAUACCAACAAAAUUCCAUUUCAGACGAAUUUGGAGAAACAAUAAACCAUUUUCUUUUUCAAAUACAGGUAACACUUUUUUGGA